UCGAUAUUAAACAUACAUCUGGUUUAUCCAAUUGUGUUGCCGAUUGUUUAUCCAGAUAUCCAAUUGAAAAACCGGAUGACAUCGUCGAAGAACAGCUGGAGGUAAUGCACGGUCAAGUUAACAACAUUCACAUGGCUAUCUCUUCACCAUUCGACUCCAGAAAAAUCCAAGAACAACAGCAACAAGACAAGACAAUCAAAUAAUUAUAUGACCGAUUGACACGUGGACAACAUCAACAAUCAUACGUGUUAGAAAAUGGCAUUUUACAUAAGAUCUUUCAUCGACCAGAUCGUAUAACAUUAAAACUACCAUAUAUUCCGCAGUCGAUAAUCGAUCAAUUGUUGCACGCCUAUCACGACAGUCCGACAAGUGGCCAUUUAGGCGUUAAUAAAACCUGGCAUAAGAUCCGUGAUCGAUACUUCUGGCCCGGCAUGUACAAUAAAAUCAAGGAGUAUGUAUUAUCAUGUACCAAGUGUCAACAAUUUAAGAUUGCCAGAACAAAACCAACAGGCAAACUGCAGCCAGUCGAACCACCAGCUGGCAUAUUGGAUCUCAUGGGACUUGACUUUAUCGGACCGGUUCCCCAAUCCUCCAGCGGUAACAAAUAUAUUUUAGUAUGCACAGAUUAUUUGUCACAGUAUGCCAUCACUGCAGCAACAGCCAACUGCACGGCUGAGACAGCAGCCAAAUUCUUGGUAGAGAAAGUCAUUUUACAGUAUGGUGUGCCUAGACAAUUGUUAACCGAUCGGGGUACUCAUUUCAUGUCAAAUGUUUUCAAAGCAAUCGCAUCUAGGUGUGGUGUCACCCAUACAACAACAACAACGUACCAUCCACAAUGUAAUGGUCUCACCGAAAGGUUCAAUGCAACACUCGCUGGAUCACUCGGCACAUAUGUGAAUCAACAACAAAGUGACUGGGAUGAGUAUUUACCCUAUGUGACUUUUGCAUACAAUACAUCUAAGCAAUCAACAACCCAAAUGGAACCAUUCAAACUCAUGUAUGGUCGUGAAGCACUACUUCCAUUUGACUCCCAGUUCGACUAUCCAACUGUCUACCGCAAAUGA